AUGGACAAGCUAACUAAUUUUACUCGUGGUAUCAAUACUACAUCUCCAAUAUCAGCGCAGAAUUGUGUUUCAAAUUCAACAAGCUCAGCAUUUCUUGACAGAGUGUUAAUUACUGCUCCAUCGUGGAUUUCUGUAAAUCAAGAUUUGAGAUGGAUUUUUCUUCUGCAUACUUACGGAUUUGCAAGCCUUUUCUUUGUACUUGGAUUUUACACGUUUUUCUCUAUUUUAAAUUUAAGAUCCCUUAUAUCAAGCCGCCCUUUUAUGUCAACGAUUAAUAUAUUUUUAUGUUUAUUGGGUGCAUCAAGGGCUGCAUGUUUAUGUAUAGAUCCUUAUAAUCUUAAAGAAAUAAUGCCAAAGAUUAUAGGGUCCACUAUGUGGGAUAUUGGAUUUCCUUGUAUUACUUCUGCAUUUUGCCUUAUACAAUUGACCUUCUUGCAAUUAACACAACUUAAGUUUGGGCCAGAAAAGAUACAAAAGGAAUCAUUUCUUAGUCUUAUUAUAACAGGACAUUUUUUUUUUGUAAUUGUAAGUGAUGUUGCUUUAACAUCACAUAAUUGUUAUAUGGCAAAAUAUUUGGUGCAAACUGUAUUUCUGAUAUGGAGUAUUCUUUUAUAUUUAACAUUUCUGCAUGCAGGCUAUAAAGUCAUGCAUUUAUUGAAAACAAUGCCAAGUAGUAUGUUAACAAGAGACAAUUCUAAUGCUCAUCACAAAGGCAUUAUGCAACUUGCUAUGCUAGCACCAUAUAGCAAUCUUGCAACAUCAGUAGCAGCUGCUGCGUUGGUGCCUACUUUAUUUAGUCCUAAAAUCAAAGAUUCAGAAGAGAAUGAAAGUGCCAAUGUUGAAGGAAAUUCAGAAUAUAAAGGUAAUUCUUUAAAAAUAUCUAAAAAACAAGAACAAGAUCAAAUGGAAGUGUCUCGCAUUGUUUCAUCAUCUUUACGUGAAGAGACUUCUGUUCAACCAGUAUCUACUGUACCUGAAGUUUAUGUUAGACCACCGACACCUACGCCAUCAACUGCAAAUUUACCAAUAAUAACAGUUUCUAGUCCAAGUCGAAGAAGCUCUUUAGCAAGUAGACGUGGGAGUGAUGUAUCUCGUUCAUCACGUAGAAAUUCAGAAUGUAGUGUUAAAUUUGUAAAUGAAGAAGAUGUUUUACCAAUUACUGACUUCAAAUAUGGUGUUGAAUUCAGCCCUAAAUAUUCUCCUAGUAUUAAUAGAAAUCAAUCACCAGAACGAAUAGCACGACGACAUUCUGAGAAUAUUACACCGACUGGCAGCACGAAAGAAUUAAGAAGGUGUUCAGAUUUUUCUCAUGAAAAAAAUCGUAGUUCUCAGUUUGCCACUAAAUUGAGAAGGAAUAGCGAUUUUGGUAACAGAACACCAAGAAGAAUGUUACCCCCAGUUGAACAGAGAUUGCCAAAAGUCUUAGAUCUCAGUCCUACAGGUUCACGACGUAAUUCUGAUAUUGGCACUUUUAUAUCUGCUAAACACGAGUCAAGAAGAAAUUCUGACUUCUCCUAUAGACGAAAUUCCGAAAUGGCACAAAUUAAGCCAUUAGUUAUAAAUCGUCGUAGUAGCGAUAUAAGUAUUAGAACAUUGGAUAAAAGUCCUACUCAUUAUCAAAGUAUAGUUCCUCAAAAAAUAGAAAUACAGGAGAAGUCUGAAUCGGAUUCAGAUCAACCGGAUUGUAAUGAAAAAGCUGCAUUAAUGAAUGAAAAGAUAAAGAAUAAAAGUGAAGAUACAAAAGUACGAAAGAAAAGCUUGUCUUGGAAAACGGAUAAAAAUAAAGAUGAAUCAGAAGAAAUUACAGCUGAAACAAAUUUGCUUCCUGAAAAUUCUGGAGCAGAGAGCAAAAUUACGGGCACUGAUUUUACAUUGCAUUCAAUACUAAAUCACAUAGCAUACGUGAAUAGAGCUAAAUCUGAUACACCGUUGCAUAUACCAGAAGCCACUACUGCAGCUGUCAGAAGAUCUCAAAUUCGAAGAGUGUUACAUGUUACAUAUACUACAGCAAUUUUAGGAAUCAUAUUGUGUAUCAUAGAUCUUGUUCGUGUUUUUGGACCUUAUGGACUCUUAGCAGAAGCAGUAACAUAUGAUACACGGCCAUUGCUAAAUCAAUUUCCCAAGCCAUGGCCUUGGUUAUUAUAUCAAACAUUGUGCAGAGCCAUAGAGCUCAUAAUGGGUUGUGCAAUGGCAAGUAUAACAAAACAACCAUCGGUAAGCCCACGUCAUCAAUAUUUAAGUAGUUAUCCCAAUUAUAGCACACGUAUGAAACGAGGUAACAAUCUUUACAUAUAAAGCAAUACUCAUGUCAGUCAUAUAACAGACUGAAGAACCAAGAUGCCAAAUUGAAUAUUUCCAUGAUCUUAUAUACCAUCUAUCUUCAUUAAAACAUUUACAGAUUAUUCUUGUAUGACCAUCUUCUACUAACGUAUAAUCCAUAUUAUUAAAUCUUGUUAAGUAACAAGAUCUUAUUAUAAAUAACUUUAUAUUUAAAAAAAUUGUGUGUUUCUAGACGGAACAGUCAGUAAUAUAUUUUUAUUGAAUUGUUUACCCUGUUUCAUACUUAAGAAAUCUAAGUUAUUUCUAUUUUACAAAGAAUCUGCAAAAUAUAUUUUAUUUUGAUACUAUAUUUUUAAUGCUAACUGGGUGUGAAACUCAAAAAAAAAA